GGUCCUGGCCUUCAUGGAGCGGCUGAGGCACUGUCCAUCAGAACACCAGGCCACGGUGAAUGCUGUCCUGGCUGCCCUGUGCCGCCCUCUCUUCCACCACGAGGAGGCUAAGAUCCGAAGGGCAGCCAUGAGGACCCACCUGGAUCUCCUGCAGCACCGCCACCACCACCAUCAUGAGGGUACAGAGGAGAACAUCACGACCCUCAUCGCGGUGCUGAUGCAUGUGGAGGAUGAAGACCUGGAGGUAGCACAGGCUGCGAAGGACAAUCUGAGCCUCCUGGCGGAAGCCCUCCUAUGGCACCUGGAGGGCAAGCUGCUGGCGCGGGACUCUUACAGCCUGCAGGAGCUGCUCCACAAGAUCGCCAAGCGUCUGAUUCGGCAGCUCGGCACAGAGAUCGCCGUGGAGAUGGAGGCCACCAAGAUCCUGGGCUUCUUCCGCAGCGAGCAGCCUUCAGUGAGGAGAACGGCUGCCCUGCUGAUCGGUCACCUGGUCCACAAAAAGGGCAGCAUCCUCACUGAAGGGAACAUAGAGACCUUCCAUGCUGCGCUGGAGAGCUUGCUUGGCGACCAUGACCCCGAGGUCGGGAGAGUUGCCUGCAAGACAGAGAAGAUCGUGAAGAAGGCCUUUUCCCUCCACUCCCGGCACGGGCUGCGGGCUGCCGUUCGGCGCUUGUGGGCGGGCUGUAAGAAGAAGAGACACCCGCCAGAGUACGGUGAUCUCUCCACCUGACCGACUGGAACAACAGCCCCGUGCUCUCCCCUUGAAGAUCUGCAGCUGAAGGGAGGUUCAGGAAAGACCAUGCAGCGCAGGGGCCUCCCAGAAGACCUCCUCCAACCGCGUGGACACAAGAUCUGUCCACAAGAAGACAUCCAGCAGGGAAGUGCAGUUCUGUCUGAGGAGUGAGGGGGAAGCAGGCUCCACUCCCCUGGCCCAAGGAAGCCCCGCCUCUGGGGUGCAGAAGCCCCUCCCCUUGCUUCUGCUGGCAGGCUGUGGGAGGAGCCUACAGGACCACCCUGCCCCCAAGUGGCCCUUUGGAACCAUUCUUGGGCUUCCCUUGGGUCCGGGGAGGCUGUGUGGCCCCAGCAGGAGAGCAAGGUCACCGCCUCCCUCCAUUCCCACCAGCUGGCCAGGGAGCACCCCCUCCUCCUUCCACCUUUCUCCCCUUCCCCAGCGGCCUGGCUUCCCCUGGCAGGGGAAGCCCCAUCCAGGCAUCCGCCCCCUCCCCUGCCGAGGGUGUGCUCCUCCCCCCCCCACUCCCGCAGCCACGCCUCACUCCCCCCUCCGCUCCCUCCUCCUUCCUCCCAAACCGGUGCAGCAGCAGAGGAGCCUGGGAGACUCUGGGGGCCCCCUGCAGCCCCAGUAGCGCCCCCUGGUGGUGCCCGGUGGCAGGCCAGAGAAUCCUCCUCUCCCUCCUGCUCCAUGCUGUGGCUGCACAGUGGGGAGCCCGAGGUCAAGCAGAAUUCUCUGGCUUGCCCCCCCCCUCAACCCCCAGCCCCCUGCCCAAUCCCCACUUGCUGGGCUGCCGGAGUGGAAAGGGAGGAGGAGCAGGGCAACCCCACUGACGCUGCUUUGUGCUUCUUGCAGGCUUGUGCUGCUGCUGGGAGGCUGGAGGAGUCGAUCCGCCCCAGAAGACGAGACCAAGUGAACGUGCCUGCAAGGAGCGGGGGUGGGG